UUGAUGAGCGUUGAGCACCAAAAAGUGGAGAUGGAACACAAUGACCACGACCAUCCAAAUGGUGUGAUCAUUUUGCGCGUUUAUAUUCAUUGUGAGGGCUGUGGAGAUGAAGUAUUCAAAUGCCUUCGUGGAUACCAAGGUGUUGAUGGGGUUGAGAUUGAUGCAAAGAAUCAGAAAGUGAUCAUCAAGGGAGAAAAGGCCGAUCCCAUCAAAUUAUCUCAGAGAUUAAGGAAGAAAACUGGAAAACACGUGGAACUCAUUCAUCCUAAGCUUCCCAAGCAAGACAAGGAGAAGGAAAAAACGAAGGAGCCUCCUGAGACGAUUGAGGUUGUUUUGAAAAUCAACAUGCAUUGCGAUGGCUGCGCAAAAGAGGUCAAAUGCUGCAUCUACGACAUGGAAGGGGUGGAAAGAGUUGAUGUUGAUGUGGAGAAGAAUGUGGCGAGAGUGAAGGGAAACAUGGAUCCUCAUAAACUUGUGGAGUUUAUCAGCAACAGAGGUGGAAGGACUGCAGAAAUUGUGCAAACUGAUUCAAUUAAUGGUGAAGAAAAGGGAAAGGGAGAGGACAGAUCUUGCAAUUGCUAUGCUUCACAACAAGCUGUGUAUGCCCCCCAGAUUUUCAGUGAUGAGAAUCCCAAUGCUUGCUCUGUCAUGUGAAGAAGAUGCUAUCAACACCUCAAAAAUAGGUAAAUAAUUAUUUGAUCACUGAAAUGGUGUGAUCUUUGUAACUGAUGGGAUGGUUAAUUGAGGUAAUAUUGGUGUAUCUGCAAAUAUACAUGAACUUAAAAUGGUUAGCAAUGAUUUCAUUUGAUGAGUAUUUGGGGUAAAAAAUAUUGAUGUAUGGCUUCCUUUAGACCUUC